GAACUUCUUUCCUCUAAAUACUGCUACCUGGUCAACGUUCAACCCGUCACGCGUCAUGUCUUUACCAUACUUCGAGUGUUUUAUUCUUUGCUGUUUCAAAGAACCCGACGUUGUCGUAGCAUUACGAAAGCCACUGGAGCCUGCCAGCAGGGAUGUAUGGAGGAAACACUGCCAAAGCUGAAGCGUUGUGACUCUGGCCGUUGCUAUCUCCGGGCUACAAGGCAGCUGUGAGGUCAUCGGAAGUAUCGUUGACUCAUUUGCGCCCGCCCACGGUGGAGAAACUGACUCCCGAUGUACUGUUCUGGGACGGAUAACGCACGGCCAGUCUCCCAAGGCAGUGUAGAACAAAAUUCAAUCUUCGUGCCUCGGGAUUUCUUUGUCUGACGGCACGGCCUUCCUCGAAAUUGCAUACCGCCUCGCUAUAGACGAAGAUUGGAUCCUUCUAUACCGACUUCGCAGAGUGAGGUGCUGUGGUGGUAACUUUAAUGGAUUGAUCGAAACGAGUCAAAAUCGGAGGUUGUGUGCUCUUGGACCAUGUGUGGUCAUGAAAUUGACUUUCGGUUUCGGUGCCGCUCUAGUGAAUUACACAGCUUUUGAAACCUGAUAAAUAUCCCGUAUGAGUCUCUGACCUCUCUACUCACUCUUGGGCCUUCAUGGACCCAGUUGAACUCCUUCAAAAAACUCUUUCUGUCUUCUCCGACGUUGCUCAGGGCGACAAUUCUACCAUGGCCACGGCCACUAAUGCAACAAACUCUCCCUCUUCUACCAACGCCACACCCGGUCUAUCUGGAUUGCUCACUAUGUUGCUCUCAUUUUCUGCACUUACAGACUGGUUGAAGCUGUUUGUAAUUGGCGGCGCCGUUGAGAGCUGUCGACGCCUCCUCUUUAGUUUGUGGCGUUCUUUCACGCAGUCCUUCUGGAUUACUGCUACCUUUGACUGCGAUGACCUGAGCUUCAAUUGGAUCAUGUUCUGGCUGUCCAAACAUCCAAAGUGGGGCAAGGCACGAACCCUGGAAGUUAGCACUCGCUCUUUCGGAUUGAGCUCUGCCGCUGUGACUGUUGAUGGAGAAGGGGAUUGCGACAGCAACAGGAAACUCUCCUACCUGCCUUCUGUCUCGGAAUCCUAUUCUCUGUGGCACAAACAUCGCUAUAUGACUGUCAUAAGAGAAAAGAGUCAAGACGGAUUUUAUCGCACAGUGGAAACCUUGCAGAUCAAAAUCCUUGCGAGAGAUCAUAGAGUCCUGACUGACCUCCUCUUGGAGGCAAAAAUGGCAUAUCAGGCUGCUCAAGAGCAUCUUAUAUCUGUCUAUGUCUCCGACGCUUGCAACUCCUGGAGGAUGGUUGCCACACGUCCCAAGCGGCCACUAAAGUCUAUUGUCCUUGACCCUGGCCUGAAGGAUUUACUCUUGGAAGAUGCUCGUGACUUCUUGGCCAGUAAGUCUUGGUACUCUGAACGUGGCAUUCCAUUCCGCAGGGGUUAUCUCCUCUACGGUGCUCCGGGCUCUGGCAAAACUUCUAUCAUACAAAGUAUCGCAGGAGAACUUGGCUUGGACGUCUACGUCAUCUCACUUUCUCGUAUGGGUCUUGACGACACUGGUCUCAGCGAGUUAAUCUCUGAACUUCCGGAGAAGUGCAUUGCGCUGAUGGAGGAUAUCGAUGCGGCCUUUCAUCGUGGAAUCACUCGUGACAUGGACGAGAACCCCAAUAAACCAAAGAAGCCUCAAGACGAGCGUGAGAAGGAAAAGGACGAAGACAAGAGUUCUCGCAUCACCCUCAGCGGUCUACUCAAUGCGCUUGAUGGUGUUGGUGCUCAAGAGGGUCGUAUCCUCUUCGCCACCACUAAUCGGUACAAUGCACUUGAUCCUGCCCUUUGUCGCCCAGGGCGCAUGGAUCUCCACAUCGAAUUCAAGCUCGCUAGCAAAUAUCAAGCCGAAGAGCUCUUCAAGUGCUUCUACAUGCCCUCCGAUACCCCUAUUCCUGAAUCCUCUGAGAAGGUCGUGGAAAAACCCGAGCAGGACGUUGACUCCGCGUACGCUUCUGGUUCAUCGUCUCCUGCCACCUCUGAGGUCAGAGAUCUCAUCGACCUUGAUUGUCCGUCAUCGCCGCCAUCUACCGUUGCAACUUUUUCCUCCUCAUCACAUACCCUGACAGGCCAGACUCAUCGUCUUCGAGGGCCCAAACUGUCUGCAAGCCAUGUCUCUGCAUUGGCUGCUUCCUUCGCCGCUGCCAUUCCGGAUCGCGAGGUGUCAAUGGCUAGUCUACAAGGCUAUCUCAUGAUGUACAAGACUCGGCCCGUGGAGGCUGCUCAUGAAGCGCCUGCUUGGGUGGAUAGACAGCGAGAGGAACGGCUGCAGAAGACCAACCCUACUCCUGGAGAUACUUCUACUUCCUAGCAGGUGGUGAAUAUUGGUGCGCUCGUGGACGUUUGAAUAGAUUUUGUAGCCAUAGUCAUAAUGCUUUCUUACAUUGCUGUCGAUAUACCCUUACCUUUGCAAACAUUUCGUAACGCAUAUGUAUAUAUAAAUAUUCACAAACGACGAAACGUGGUCGCGAAGUAUGCAGUAAUUGCAUUGCCAUUCC